CCCGCGAGGGCAGAGACAUGGUGUUCAUUAACUAGGUUAUCUCUAGCCGCUGCGCUGAAUGUGACCGAGCCUGGAUCAACGGGUAUUGGGGGUGAUAUGUUUUGUCUCUUCUACGAUAGUGAAAAGAGGAAAGUGCAUGGGCUAAACGGGUCUGGGCGCGCUCCCAUGAGCCUUACGCUUGAUACGGCCCGAGAACGGUUAGCAAUUCCACCUGGUGAGCCCGGGAAUAUUCCACUCAACAGUGUUCUGGCAAUCACGACACCCGGGGCAGCGGGUGGGUGGGUGGACACUGUCGAAAGAUUUGGGAGUGGGAAACUCUCUCUGGAACAGAUCUUGACGCCUGCGAUUUCCCUUGCCGAUAAUGGGUUUCCUGUUUCUGAGAUCUCGGCACGCUUGUGGCAAGAAAAUGAGCAAUCGCUCAGAGAGGCAUCUCCCAAUUACCGCGAGCUGCUGAAGACCGACUCCACCUUGGAUGAUGAAGCGGUUCGUGCGCCUCUAGCCGGCGAAGUCAUGACCAACACCGGUCUUGCGCAAACCUUGCGUACACUCGCUUUGGAAGGAAAGGUUGGAUUCUAUCGAGGUUAUAUUGCAGAUGCUAUUGUAGAAGCGGUAAAAGAUCGCGGUGGAUUCCUCACUCACGCCGACCUCGCCUAUCAUGCCGAUAUGGGAAGCACAGCAACCAGUCCCCUCUGUGUUCGAUUCAACAAAGAGGUUGACAUCUGGGAACAUCCACCUAACGGACAGGGUCUCGUUGCACUCAUGGCACUCAAGUUGUUCGAAGAGUUGGAACGGGCCAGGAAGAUCCCUCCCUUGCUCAGUCUCCGACACAACUCCGCGGAGUACAUACAUGCUCUGGUUGAGGUUCUCCGCAUUUCCUUCGCAGACGCCUCCUGGUGGAUCGGAGAUUCAACCCACUCAGAUAUUCCGAAUCUCCUAUCAGACUCAUACAUAGCGAAAAGGGCACACAUCUUCAACUCGUCCACAGUCUCGAACCUCAUUACCCACGGUAGCCCUGCCUUGAAUUCAUGCGAUACGGUAUACUUUGCCGUCGUCGAUAGGGAUGGUAACGCGGCCUCCGUGGUAAAUAGCAAUUAUCACGGCUUCGGAACCGGAAUCAUCCCGCGCGGUUGCGGUUUCACAUUGCAGAGCCGCGGUGCCAACUUCUCCCUGCUGCCUGGCCAUCCAAAUGCACUUGCGCCGGGGAAGCGACCAUACCACACGAUUAUACCCGCGAUGGCUACGAACCCCGGGGACGGAUCGUUGAAUACCGUAUUCGGGAUCAUGGGAGGAUUUAUGCAGCCGCAGGGACACGUGCAGCUGCUGAUGAAUAUGCGUGUAUUCGGGAUGAAUCCACAACAGGCCCUUGAUGCACCGAGAGUGUGCAUUGGGCCAAUGGGACAUCAGCAUAUAGAUAGCGCAAGGGAAAGGACAGUUUAUGUGGAAGAGGGUGUAGACCCGUCAGUCGUGGACGACUUACGUCGAAGAGGUCAUAUUGUGGAGGUUGUUUGUGGGUGGGAUAGGGAGAUGUUUGGGAGAGGGCAGAUUAUACGAGUAUUCCAUGAUGAAGGCCAUAGACAGGUCCUUGAAGCUGGGAGUGACUUCAGGGCUGACGGGAUGGCUGUUCCGGCGUAGUUUGAUUCUGUCACAUUUGAGAGAGCCGCAGGAUUAUUUACCACGGAGUUAAAACAACUUGACCUGCUUAAGACCGAUUGGGUGCCUCAUGGUGCAUAUCAUGGGGUGGGCCUAGAACAAGGGACAGGCAAGAGUUGCUGGACAUUAUCCGGUAUAUAGAUGCAAGAGUAUCAAAGAACUGAAGGCUAAGGUACAUCAAAAAGUCAAGCCCUUGGGCGGUCACUAAACAUGAGAUAGUGGAAUCAUCAAGACUAAAAGUCCCAAAGUCCGCGCAUGAAUGACCCAGCUCCAGAGUCCACACCACCAUCUUCUUCCAGCAAUCGGUCCGUGAAGAUACGCUUCGGGAUUUGAUAUUCGACCACUGGAACCUUCCGCAAAGGUUUCUCGCCAGUGCCAAGCUCGCCAUGCACCAUACCCUGAUAGGUGUGGUCAAGGAAGUCUUCCAAGUUGUAAGCCUGUUUCGUGAACUGCUCGGAGAUGAUCCGGGCAAUGGCCGCGACGUUGGGGUGGUAAUGGGACUGAAGCGUCUCAAUUUCCCAGAUACUGCUUUCGAUGGCAUUGGUGCGGGUAGGAUCCGUCUCUUUUGGAUCGAAGGGGUCCUCCAUGCCUUCAGCUUCAAUCUCAGCGGCAAGCUUCUUAUCGCGAAUCUCACGAUGCAUCAUGAAAGUGCACGUGGGGUGGCUCUUGAACAGGUUGUACAUGAAUGGCACGAUCACUACAAUAGCCGAGGGAGGCGCAUUGAGUGCAAGACGAGAGAGACGCUUGAUAAAGCUUGCCACGAGGGAGGCGGGAAGAUGGGUAGAGGCGAGGAAAGUGUUGAGCAGGCGGAAGAAGCGUGAUCGGUGCUUGGAGUGCAGCAGGUCCGCGUCGAGGAGCGAGUAAAGUUUUGCGUAGAAUUGUGGGUAGUCCAGGUUCUUCUCUUGGAUCAAGUAGAACAGACCCGACAGAGCAAGGAGAGAGGUAGCACCGCCCUCGUUAUAUGAGUCUGUCAGGAAAUCCAUGAGGAGUUCAGGCCGCGUGAACCAAGGCUCGAUAGUGUGCACCAUCAUACGCAGAAGGGCCUUCCGCUGCGGCUGGGAGAGAUUAUUCCGAAGGAUGGCCAGCCAUGCGUCUUGUGCUCGCCUCUUGUGGCCAUGGACAGUGCGGAGGCGCUUGUUCGCUGGGUCGGGCUUUGCGAAGAAGUUUUCGGUAUCGAUUUCGUGAUCUGAGGCCGGAGCUUCAUCACAGGCCGAAAGGAGGGAAAUAAGGAUCUCAAUGAUGGGGGUCUUUCGUCGAGCAGCGGCAUACUCACUGUACUGAGUUAGUGAGAGAUUAAGAGAGUGCAAAGGAUUGGGAGACAUACG